CUCCGAUCCGAAGUUCCCGCCACCCCGUCCGAAAAUGCAUGGUUUUCGUUCUGUUCGUAUCUCUCUGUCACUUCUCAUAGGCCCCUGAGGCAGUGCUCUGCUUAUUGUACCUGAGCAAAACACCGAAUCACACUGCACCUCGCACUGCUGGACGAAUAUCGCCCAGACGCCGCGCCAUUCACGACGUCUGAGUGGUAACGUAGGCUUUAUGAUAGACGUAUGCUCUAGAGGCGGAGUGUGGGCUGGUAUUUGAUAGUGGUCAAGUCGUCUUGUAAAAGACAGCAGCAACAGUAUAUAUUCCAUCCUUCGUUUUCAGGCUGCAAAGGUCUAGUCGAAUCUCCAGAACGACAAAUUUUUCUUUUCUCUAGUUGAAUAUAGAAGUGUUUGGUGGUGCCGUUUCUUCAAUUCAACAUGGUUUACACCGGCAAGCCUAGCCGUGGCUGCCAGAUGUGUAAGAAUCGCAGGAUCAAAUGUGAUGAGAAACGUCCGAUCUGUGGGCAAUGUCAGAAGUCAGGCCGUACCUGUCCCGGCUACCCGGAUGAGUUUGAUUUAGUAUUUCGCGAUGAGAAUAAGGCCAUGGAACGCAAAAGGAAGACAUCGGGUUCAGGGUCUAAGAGCGUUGGUGGCUCGCAAGGUUCUCCUUCAUCAGUCUCUCCAAGCUCGACCUUCGAGAUCAGCCCCGGUGCAAGCCCUCCCUCAUUUGCAGAGAGCUCACGGUCCCGAACUCCGCCAGACGCAAGCCAAGGGCAGUUAGUGGUAAUCCCUCCAUACCAAGUCCCUCCCGACCAAGCUACAUUCCAAGCAUUCAUGUGGAGCCUUGAACAUGGAGUACCACCAACCAUCACAACGUCUCCGGAAGUCGAGGCCGUACCGUUCUUCUUCCGCAACUUCGUCUCGCUACCGCAACAAGCGGAGAGCAUGCGAGGCUUUCUCGAGCUCCUCGUCCCACUGUACAAUCAAGCCCGACCGUCUUCUGCAUUGCACCAAGCCACGAGUGCCGUUGCCCUCGCCGCUUGCGGCAACUACCCUGGCAGACAAGAUCUCCUGCGUGAGGCAGCUACGGCCUAUGGCAAAGCGUUGCGGCAGCUCAACGAUGAUCUCAAAGAUCCUGCGGUGUCGAAGUCGGAUGAGACUGUGCUUGCUAUACUACUGUUUUCCUUGUAUGAAACUAUAAUGUCGACAAACGAUACGAUUACGGCUUGGGCGAACCAUGUCGACGGCGCUGUGGCUUUGACGAAAUUGAGAGGUGCGGAGCAGUUCAAGAAUCCAAUGUCCCACGCUGUUUUCCGGGCUGUACGGACUAUGAUGAUUACAAGCUGUGUUCAACGCUCCAAACCUAUCGAUACCUUCCCUGGCCAGCACGGCUGGGUAGGGACCGAGAACAAUGAAGAAAAUGCAGCGAACCGACUCACACUUAUAUGCAUAGACUUGCCGAACAUCCGAGCCCGAGCAACCGCUCUAACAACUGCCCCACACAACAAUGCACAGAGAUCUGAAGCCCUCGCUAUCCUCGAAUUUGCUCAAAUGGUAGACGCAAAUCUACAACAAUGGUCCAACACCUUACCCCCCGACUGGCAAUACACGACGGUAGCAAUGGUCUACGACAUGCCCGAGGAUCUCUCAACAGCUGAGCAAUGGUCGGGGCCGCAACAUGUCUAUGAAGACGUGCAUAUCGCGUCAAUUGUCAAUGACUACCGUGUCUGUCGUAUCUUCUGCCAAAGUGUCAUCAUUGCCUGCAUUAACUAUCUCGGGCUCGAUGCCGACUCGCCCUUAAACGACGCGUACAAUAGCGCAGUUUUCUUCGUUCAGCAGAUGGUGGAUGAGAUUUGUGCCUGUGUUCCUUUCCAUCUGUCUUAUGAUAUGCAACCAGUGGCAAAGAAAUUAGGUCAAGAUCAAGCUGGCAAGUCCCUCCCGUCUUAUUCGCACCCUCCAGCAGAAGCCCUUGGCGGCUACUUCAUGGUAUGGCCACUCUACGUCGCCGCGAACGCCGAAACCGUGCCCAAACGACAACGAGACUGGCUCUCAGGUCGGCUGUUCAACAUCGGGAAAACUUUCGGCCUUAACAGCGCGCAGGUGCUUGUGCUCGCGAGGAGACACGUCCUUACUUGUGGCCCAAUGUUUCCGUGAUGCACUAAGUGUAUCUCCCCUCUAAGUAUUGCUCGAUGUCGGCAAUAUGUUUUGGAAGCUGAAUUGUAUUAGUAAGUUAGGUAGUUUAGUUUAUAAUUGAUGGAUUGGUGGGCUGAUGGGUAGGGGGUUCGUAAUAGGGGAUAUAUUAUGUGCAGACACUGGAUGGCUGUACGAUGUUGGAAGACAUGGAUGGCUUAGCACUUGAUGACGGCAGUCUUUUGUAGGACUAAGGGAUAGGUCGACUUGAUGUACUCUGUAGACAAUACUAAAC